GAAAAUAAGCUUGAAGGACAGCAGAAGUUUACAGCAAUUGGAAAAGAACUAUUGUAUCUCUCCAAGAUGUCUGUGAAAUGGACUUCAGUUCUUUUGUUAGUACUGCUAAAUUCUUUUCACUCUGUGAGCUGUGGAAAAGUGCUGGUGUGGCCCACAGAAUACAGCCAUUGGAUCAAUAUGAAGACAAUCUUAGACGAACUUGCCCAGAGAGAUCAUGAGGUGACAGUUCUGGUAUCUUCAUCUUCCGUUUUUAUUAAUGCCAAGAAAUCACCUGUGAUUAAAUUUGAAGUUUAUCUUACAUCUUUAACCAAAGAUGAUGUUGAUGAUCUUCUCAUGGAUAUCAUCAAAAAAUGGAUAUAUGAGUCACCAAAAGACUCAUUUUGGGCAUAUUUUUCACAUAUGCAAGAAAACUUUAGGAGAUAUUAUGAUUAUAUUGAGAAGUUAUGUAGAGAUGUAGUUUUGAACAAAGAACUUAUCAAAAAACUACAAGCCUCGAGAUUUGAUGUCCUUCUUGCAGAUGGCGUUAGUCCCUGUGGUGAGCUGGUGGCUGAGCUACUUAAAAUACCCUUUGUGUACAGUCUCCACCUGACUCCUGGACAUACAGUUGAAAAGUACAGUGGAGGACUUCCCUCUCCUCCCUCCUAUGUACCUGUUGGUUUCUCUGAAUUAACUGACCAAAUGACAUUCAUGGAGAGGGUGAAAAAUAUGAUAUAUACGCUUUAUUUUGACUUUUGGUUCCAAGCGUGUGAUUUGAAGAAGUGGGAUCUGUUUUAUAGUCAAGUACUAGGAAAACCCACUACAUUACUUGACACAAUGAAGAAAGCUGAAAUCUGGCUUAUUCAAAACUAUUGGGAUUUUAAAUUUCCUCGACCACUCUUACCCAAUUUUCAUUUUGUUGGAGGACUGCAUUGCAAACCUGCCAAACCCCUGCCCAAGGAAAUAGAAGAUUUUGUCCAGAGUUCUGGAAAACAUGGUGUGGUGGUGUUUUCUCUGGGGUCGACGGUCAGUAACAUGCCAGAAGACAGGGCCAAUGUGAUUGCAUCUGCUCUUGCUCAGAUACCCCAAAAGGUUAUAUGGAGAUUUGAUGGAAAGAAACCAGACAGCUUAGGACCUAAUACCCAGCUGUACAAGUGGAUCCCCCAAAAUGAUCUUCUUGGUCAUCCAAAAACCAAAGCUUUUAUAACUCAUGGUGGAGCCAAUGGUGUCUAUGAAGCCAUCUAUCAUGGGAUCCCUAUGGUGGGAAUUCCAUUGUUUGCAGACCAACACGAAAACAUCGCUCUCAUGAAGGCCAAGGGAGCUGCUGUAAGACUAGACUUUAGAACUAUGUCAAGUACAGAUUUACUGAAUGCAUUGAAGACAGUAACAGACAACCCUUUAUAUAAAGAAAAUGCUAUGAGGUUGUCAAGAAUUCAGCAUGACCAGCCAGUGAAGCCCCUGGAUCGAGCAGUCUUCUGGAUCGAGUUUGUCAUGCGCCACAAAGGAGCCAAGCACCUCAGGGUUGCAGCCCAUGAUCUCACCUGGUUCCAGUACCACUCUCUGGAUGUGAUUGGCUUCCUUCUGGCUUGUGCAGCGACUGUGAUAUUCAUCAUCUCAAAAUGUUGUCUAUUUUGUUGGCAGAAGUUUGCUAAAAGAGGAAAGAAGAAAAAACAGGAGUAGUUGUACCUGAAGCCUGAAGCUGAGAUACCAGAUACACGGAACUCUUCCAGUUCAUUCCAUCAAGAAGGAGACAUGAUGCAAGAUUCCCUUCCCCCAGUGACAAAGUAACUUUGCACAAUUUACUUCCUCAAGUCAAAAUAUGUUCUCGGGCCAUUCACUAUUACUUGAAGAGUUAGGAAUAUUUCAUGCUAAAAAAAAAUAAAAGCCAAAUGAGUUGUGUUGAUAUUCACAGGUAUUCUUAUAAUUCCAAAAGUAUCAAAAGUAUACAAAAAGUAUAAAACUUUACUAAUUAAUUGUUGUGUUGCACAUAAACACAAGAGUAUUAAGACAUCAACUAACAAUAUCACUACUGAUUUGCAAACACCAAAAAUUAUUUACUUAUGUUGGAGCAGAAUUUAGAAUUUGUAACUGCUGCUGGAAAAUAAUCCAUAAUUACAAGUACAUAAAAUUACCCUUUUAUUUGGUUUCAAGAGAUGAGCAGUGCUAUUUAGCUAUUACUGUAAAACCAACCUCAGCCUUAAUUCUCUCUAAAAAAGAUAGGGAAAGUGUUUACUUUCUUUCAGGUGAAAUCAUUUCCCUGUAGAAUAUAUGUGAAAUCAGAAAUGCAAAAUAAAUGAUUUCUGGGUCAACAA